AUGGCUCUAGGUAAUAAGCGUGGUCCUAAGCGUUCAUCUUCAUCAACAGCAUCAACCAUAACAACACUUUUGUUUAUAGCAUUAUGCGUUAUAGGCGUAUGGCUGCUAACCACCAACUCCUUUACACCACCACAAACAACCACCCGUACUGCCACAGCCACCACUUCCAAAACUUUCUCUGAAGAUCCUGACACUAACAAAUACGAUGACAGAAAAGACCAAACUGUUUUCGAGGAUAAUCCUGGUCUUCUACCCAACGACGCUAUUCAAUCAGAUGAUCAAAAUGGUCGUGAAGAUAAUUCUACGGGUCGUCCCUUUACAAAUCAACGACAUCAUGAACGUCUAAAUAUAGGUGGUGUUACCAAGCCUGAUGAAGACGAGAGGAAACAGAUUAUUAAAGAGAAUGUAAAACGUAGAGAAGAUAUGCGCAAUAAACAGAAACAAGGUGAGACUCAGAUAUCUGUAGAAAGUGCAUUGACCCAACAAAAAUUAAUCGGAAACAAUGGUAACAAGAAAGAAACUAAAUCAACUGAAGAAAUGAUAAAACAACAGCUGCAAGAAGAUGCUGGAAACCAGACAGUAAAUUCACAAGAACAGGAAAAUCAGUUAUCGGAUGAAGAUAAUAAAAAGAGAAUGAAACAACAUCAAGACCAACAUGUGCAACAGAAACAAGAUACUCCUAAGAAUUUCACCACCUUCAGCGACACAACACUCCCGGAAAAACAACAACCAGAUGAUAAAUUAAAGACACCUCAACAAACAUCACAGAUGCCUCAGAGAACAACGGAACAUAAGCGCACCAACUCCAACUCGGGCGAUACCGGUCACAGCAUUCCACAAGAAUCAUCUGAAUCAAAGAAGUCCUGGUCAACUCAGGCGAUUCAGUCAGAAACCCAAAAAGAAAGACGUAUAGAGGAGCCCAACAGUAAUCAUAGGUGGCAGCUUUGUAACGAAACUGCGGGUCCUGAUUUUAUACCUUGUUUGGAUAAUCAAAAGGCCAUCAGUAAGUUGCCUUCAACUAUGCACUACGAGCAUCGUGAGAGGCAUUGCCCUGAGAAAGGGCCCAGUUGUUUGGUCCCAAUUCCAGAGGGUUAUAAAAGAUCAAUCGAAUGGCCAAAAAGCAGAGAUAAGAUAUGGUAUCGAAAUGUACCGUACACAACGCUGGCGGAGAUGAAGGGACACCAAAAUUGGGUUAAGGUGAGGGGUGAGUUUUUGACUUUUCCUGGAGGCGGGACCCAGUUCAUACAUGGCGCUCUCCACUACAUUGAUUUCAUUCAAAAGGCGUUACCAAAUAUAGCUUGGGGGAAGCACAGUCGAGUGGUAUUGGAUGUUGGUUGUGGAGUAGCCAGCUUCGGAGGAUACCUAUUCGAAAGAGAUGUUCUAACAAUGUCUUUUGCCCCAAAAGAUGAGCAUGAAGCUCAAGUUCAGUUUGCACUUGAAAGAGGAAUUCCUGCAAUAUCUGCUGUCAUGGGUUCUCAGAGGCUUCCAUUUCCAAGCAAUGUCUUUGAUCUUAUUCAUUGUGCACGUUGUCGGGUGCCUUGGCACAUAGAAGGUGGUAAGCUUCUAUUAGAAUUGAACCGAGUUCUGAGACCCGGGGGUUACUUUGUCUGGUCAGCAACUCCCGUGUACCAGAGGCUUGAAGAAGAUGUGGAAAUUUGGAAGGCAAUGUCUUCAUUGACUGUAGCCAUGUGCUGGGAACUUGUAACCAUCAAGAUGGACAGAUUAAAUUCCGUUGGCUUUGCCAUCUACCGAAAACCCACCACAAACGAAUGCUACGAUAAAAGAAACCAUAACAAUCCUCCAAUGUGUACAAAUGAGGACGAUCCAAACGCUGCCUGGUAUGUACCUCUGCAGUCAUGCUUACACCGGGUGAAUACUGAUAAAGCAGUGAGAGGAUCCCAGUGGCCUGUGGAAUGGCCUAAUAGACUGUACACAUCCCCUUACUGGUUAAACAGCUCCCAGAUGGGGAUUUAUGGAAUACCAUUUCCUCAAGAUUUCAUUAAAGAUCAAAAACAUUGGAAACAUGUGGUGAACUCGUUAUAUUUGAAAGGAUUGGGUUUCAGUUGGUCCGAUGUGAGAAGUGUUAUGGACAUGAGAGCUGUUUAUGGGGGGUUUGCAGCAGCUUUGAAGAAUCUUCCAUUGUGGGUCAUGAAUGUUGAGAACACAAAUGCUCCUGAUACACUUCCCAUAAUCUAUGAGCGUGGUCUCUUUGGAAUUUAUCAUGACUGGUGUGAGUCCUUCAGCACAUAUCCACGUUCCUAUGAUCUCCUCCAUGCUGAUCAUCUUUUCUCAAAGCUCAAACAGAGGUGUAGUAUUAUUCCGGUGAUGGUAGAGGUUGAUAGAAUAGUCAGACCAGGAGGUAAAUUGAUUGUCCGUGAUUUAACAAUGGUAAUUGCUGAAGUUGAGAACUUGUUGAAAUCCCUACAUUGGGAAAUUCGUUUCAUCAACUCCAAAGACCAGGAAGGGGUACUCAGUGCUCAGAAAGGCGAUUGGCGGCCUCAGACAUAUCUGCAGGCUGCUUCCUCAUGA